GCGCAUUGCAAAUUGUGUUAUAUCAAUAGUAUAUUUUUAGUGUUCAAUCUAGUAAUAAGAAAAAUAAACUUUAAGCUUAAGAGAAAUAUUUCGCAUUGAGUGUGUUUGAGGAUUAAAAAGAUUAACAUGGAUCGGAGGCUGCUGUUCACAAUUGGCGCCUUAUUGGUCCUUGUUUGCAGUUCUUUUGCAAAUGAAGAAAACUAUUGUGAUCCAUCACUAUGUGACGAUGGACUGAUUCACACAGCAUGCGACCAUUAUUUGGAAUUCGCACAAGAUUGUGGCGAAGAUCCUGAAUUUGUUCAACUUACUGCGCUACAGAAGCGAUUAAUUUUAGAUUUACAUAAUGUCCAUAGAAAUAAAAUUGCGGCUGGGAAACUUCCAGGAUAUGCACCAGCAAGUCGAAUGCCGAUUUUAAAGUUUAACGAAGACCUGGCUUAUGUAGCAGGUCUCCACGCUAGAUCAUGCACGACUGAUAAUGACAACUGUAGAAACACCAAAAACUUCAGAAAUGUUGGUCAAAAUAUUGGACUUGAUAUGAUUGGAGAGCCUGUGCACAAUGUAACAGCUGUAAUCAAGCACAUUAUUGAAGCAUGGCACAAUGAAUAUAAACACGGCAACCAGCUGAGCGUUAAAAAUUUGAGCGAAGAGACUGCAGCUUCAAUGGGACGUUUCACAAUGAUGGUCAAUGACUUAUCAAGCGAUAUUGGAUGCGCAUUAGUGAAGUUUUUCAAAGACGAUCUCUUCAAUGUCUACUUUACAUGCAAUUACAGCUCAAAUAAUCGUUUAAAUCAACGUGUUUAUGAGACAGGUCCGCCAUGUUCAAAUUGCAAGACUGGAUGUCAUAGAGUUUACAAUGCACUCUGUUCACCAGAAGAGAAGAUCAAUCCUAAUCAUCAACAUGUUGAAAAUAUUCAAAGUUUUAAUUAGGUCAUGAGUUUCUGACCUGAUCCUAUAUAUUUUUAUUGAAGUGCCUUUCCUCUAUUUCUAAUCAAUCCUUUAUCAAUGACAGCCCUUGGCUUACGAAAAAUGGACUAAUUCGAUGUAAAUGUUACCGAAAGAGAAUUCAUAGUUUAUCCUUGUCAAAAUAUAAAUUUGCAAAUAAAGUUUACACACAAUGUGAG